AUGCCCUCGACAGGUCAAUUGCAGACCCUCCGACUGUGGUUGGAAGAUAAUGGCGGAUAUGUCAACCCUGCCAUCGACCUGGACUGGAAUGAGACCGCCGGCGUGCACUGCAGAGUCAAUUUUGCAUCUUCCUUGGGCCCAGACUCGAGGAUCUGUACAGUCCCACACUCUCUCGCCCUGUCGAGCUUGAAUGCGCUGGUCGACGACUCCUUUUCCGUCUUCCGAAAUCGAGGUCUGGCUCCGGAAGCGAUCGGCUACUUUUACCUCAUGCACCAGUACAUCAAUAAAGCCAAAUCAUUCUGGAGACCAUAUUUGCAAACCCUGCCUGGUCCAGAACAUGAACACCUGACUCCAUUCUGGUUUGAGGAUGAGGAUCUUCAAUGGCUGGCGGACACCGAUGUGCUGCAUACGACCAAGGCAAGACAAAAGCUGCAGGAGGAACACUAUGCGAAAGGCAUCGACAUGCUGAACAGGGCAAAGAUUGAUGUCGAACCUUACACAUGUAAGUAUUGGGCCGCGUAUAAGGUCGGUCCGCAAGGCCAGCGACAAACAGCACUUGUCGAUAUGUCGCGAGUGUCCGCCGAGGAUCAAGACUUUCCGGUCCUUUUUCCCGUCAUCGACAUACCCAACCACUCGCCCACGGCAAGAGUCGACUGGGCGUUUGACCCUGGGCGCUUCAGCAUCACGGUCAAAGAUCCUAUCCCUGGAGGCGAAGAAGCCUUCAACAACUAUGGUCCGAAGAGCAACGACGAACUCCUUCUCGGCUAUGGCUUUUGCAUUCCGAAUAACCUCGACGACAAAGUUCUUCUCACGCUCAAGCCACCUCCAUCCGAUCUGCAAGCCGCCAUUAGACCCUUCCAACCAGGUUACUUCUCUGCGACCAACGGCCACUGGAGCAGCGAAAAAGCAACGUUCGGUAUCAAACGACUCACUUGGUUCGAUAGCAUGUCCAGCGAUCCUGUCAGCCUCUUUCAACAACUUCCCGAACCUCUCCUCGAGCUCAUGCUCUACAUUCUACGCCAUACCCGCGAUCUUCCUUUCGUAUUCCAAUCCGAUCCUCUAGCCUACCUCACCCAACUCUCCAGCCUGGGAAGACAAUACCUGCCCUUCUUGGCUCGAAUGAUCGUGCAGUCCCUCGCCCCAAAACUGGCCACGUUACAAGCGAGCACUCCACACGAUUCUCCGAGCAACGCCAAACAGUCACUCGCAAAAGUCUACCGCGACGGACAAAUCACCAUCCUCACCUCAGUCAUGAACAGCUUGAGGUCGUACCUGCGCUCUCUUCUACCUUCCACCGGGACUCCCAUACAAGGUACUGGACUCUACACCCUCGAGACUCUGCUCGGUCUCUUCUCCGCCGUCGCCGGUCGUGAGCAAGUCGAUGACUUUUUGACUGGUAUCGCCGCCAACGCGGGUACAGAUGACGUCGAUCAAUUGCGACAGGCGGGAUGGGAGGAUGACAUGUUGGUUUUGCUGCUGUGCUUUGCUUAUCCGGAUCUCUGGUCGGCGGAUAGUCUGCUGGAAUAUGUUCGCAGCAUCACCGCCAAGAUCGCAGACCAGGCCAGUGAUACCAUGGAAGAGGAGCUGGCACCAGCUCAAAGCGCAAUGGAUAUUGUUCAAGUCGCGGCCGAGGCGUGCCCGGGCACGAGAUGGUGCGAUGAGAAGUGGAGUCCGCAGUUCGUGGCGGGUGUGGGAGGGAAGGUACUGGCGUUUGAGAGCUUCGCCAUGGUUGUGCCGUCGGACACAGGAGAAGAUGAGGUGAGAAGUGUGGUCUAUGUUCAUCGUGAGGCGUAG